AGUCUUUUGAAAUAUUGCUGGGGAUAGCUUUUUGUUCAGAGAUUGUAGUGUACAUUCUGCCAUCAAAUCCUGGGGCUUUUCCCAUGGGAUUUUGAUGGCAGUGUUAAGAAACUUGAAAGAAUGAAAACUGAAGACCUCCUUAGGAAAAAGGAUUUUAAAAUGCAUUGAUUUUUAUUUGCAGCAGUCUAGAUGAUGAGUUGCGUAUCUUGCAGUUGAGGUACUGAGGCCAGGACAAAUAUCGUAUCAAACCAUGGCUAAUCUUCACGAACUCUUCCAAGAAGAAUGAGAAGAGCUCCCAGCCAGCACGCAUUCCUGCCCUCUCCCUUACAUCCCGUAGUUGUGCAAUGUCCUGGUGAGCUGAAUCAGCUUGCCGAGCUGACAGUGAACUUCUCUGUCCUUAGAGGGGGAGGAGGUGCGGACUGAUCCCUUCAAUCUCUGAUUAGAUUGGACUGAGACUAAGGUGAAAUCACACCCUUAAAUGCUGCUUGUUUGUAAACAAGAAUGUGAAAGGCAUUGUGGUGGUACUCAGAGACUUUGUAACUUGGAGCUGUUUUGAGUGUCAGUUGGCAAAGUUCAGAUGGGUCUGAUCUGAAUGUGAAAAACAGUUUCUGAUUCCUGAGCAUCUAAUCUGUGUUAGGAUAGUUGCUAGUCUGUCUGUAGUGGAGGGCAAAAUAAAGAGACUGCAAUAGUACAGAAUUUCUUCUUUUCCUUUCAUUAAAUUUCUGCUUCUUUUGGUGCAUGUGUGUGUCAAAUAGUUUGAAAUUAUUAUAUCAGUUUAACGCAUAAAUAUAUUUCUCUCCUGAUUUUUAUGCUUGUCUUCCGAAAUCUCCUGGCUGCCGAUCUACUGGAAAUGAAAAGAUCUGUCUUCAUGGACUUUUCAGUGUUGAUUGCAGUGGAGAAAACAACAGUAGCAGUCAAAAUCACAUUUUUCAAAAUCCAGAAGGACAAAAUCCCCAAACUUGCAGCAAGAAAUCACUUAAAUAUUUACUUAGAAAAACAAUUACAGGGGUGCAGACAAUCUGUAGGCUCAAAGCUUUUACUUCAAGUUUUAGUUAAGUGUCUGAAAAGGCAUUUGACAAGCUGUAGUCAAGCUCAAAUAAUAAAAUCCAGCACAGGAUACUCAAGUAGAAGUUUAAGCGACGUAGGUUUCUUUUGCAUCCGGUCUCUUGAUUGAUAAUGAGGCUUCUUUCCACUUUGGGUCCGAAGCAGUACAUGAGCAAUCAAAGCACUCAUGGCCAGGCACAACUUGCCUGUGCUUCCCUGGUGACACCACAGGAAGCCUCUUGUGUUCCGAGACAGGGCCUCACCAUUCUUAUCUCUCUGCAUUUUGGUGGGUUUCCCCCCACCGCAGUUAUACAUGUAUUUCCCUUUCAGAAUCACUGUUAAGUCUCUCUCAUUUCUGUCUCCUCUGUGAGCAUUUCUUCUUUUCCUGCAUUUUCUUGUUCUAACUGCAGUUUCUGUCAGCCCUGGCACAUUCUUGCUGCAGCACUGUGUCCUCAGGUGUUUUGGAACAGUCUUUCCUUACCUGCACCCCCAGGACGCUAUUGAUGUGGCUUUAGCUGACAGUUACGCGGUUAUAAUGGAAGUCAGCAGGCAACAGCAAUGUCUUAUGUAUUUACAAGUAUUAGUUGUUGUGAUCAACUUUUUCAUACAUCUGCCUGAUUCUAUUUGUAAAGUUUCAGCCUGAGUGACUUCAUUGCUUCUGAAAGUGAAGUUUCAGAUGGCAAAGCAGAUAGACUUGCUGACAAAGAACAGGCGGUUUCACUGCUUCUCUUACAGCAGCUCUGAUGCAUCUGACCUCUGCACGAGCUGAUUAAGUUUCUCACCUCUAAAUUAGCACAUAUAUAAAAAGUUGGGUUGAUUUAUUUUUUUUUUUCCUGCCUCAUUUUUGGGAGCUGAAUCAACCUAGUGGGUGGUCACAUGAGCAACUGAGCCGGUAUAAGGUAGAGGACCCCAGGGCUGGAGCAGGAGGUGUGAGAAUAAGGGACAGAGGACGGAAGGGGAUCUCACAUUGUGAUGGCAGGGAGCUGGUGAGAAUCAAUGAACUGCUGUGCUAAAGAGAAAGAUUCUUCACUUGUGAAGAGCUUUUGUGCUCCUGCUGCACCUCCCUCUUCUGGAUUUGGAGCCUCGCUCUCACUGUUCUUCCUGAGGACCAGUAGCACGUAACACCAGAGCACAGACAGUGAGAGAUCUGGCGCACUCUGUCUCCUUGACAUCACAUCAGGGGACAAAGCUAUGGAGCUGAAAGUCAAGCACUAGAAGUAGGAAAGACCAGGAUUAAAGCUGCCUUUGCAGGAUUAAUUUGGUCCCCUGCCAGGUGUCUUACAGAACACUCAAGGCCUGGGUAAAGCAGAUUAAAAUGAAAGGUUUGAAAAUACUUCAGAACAUUUGACCGUCUCCUACCCAGCGUGUCCUUGAGGAACAUCAGAAUCAUGGAGGGGCUCUUGCAUUACAUAAAUCCAGCACAUGCCAUUUCACUUCUAAGCGCACUGAAUGAGGAGCGUCUAAAGGGACAGCUAUGUGAUGUUGUUCUUAUAGUAGGAGAUCAGAAAUUUCGAGCUCAUAAAAACGUUCUAGCUGCCAGCAGCGAAUAUUUCCAGACUCUGUUCACAAAUAAGGAGAAUGAGUCUCAGUCAGUGUUUCAACUCGACUUUUGUGAACCAGAUGCUUUUGAUAAUGUGUUAAACUACAUUUAUUCUUCAUCCUUGUUCAUAGAGAAAGGCAGUCUUGCAGCUGUGCAAGAACUGGGCUACAGCCUUGGAAUAUCCUUUCUUACAAACAUUAUUUCUAAGAGCCCUCAAGCUCCUUUUCCAUCUUGCCCCAUUAAGAAGAUACUGUAUCAAGAUGAAGAUGAAAGUAGUUCUCAGAAGAGGAGUGUCAUUGUCUGUCAGAACAGAAGCGAAGCACAAGGAAAGAGUGUAAAUCAAACACAGCAUGAUUUAAGCCAUACUUCUAAACCUUUACCCUCUGCUGCUAUCAAAACUAGCAUUAGACCACAAGUAGCAAAGCCAGCUGAAACCCUUCACAAUUUAUCACUGACUGAAAGGAGAUGGCUGAAAGAAAACCCUGGGAGCUAUACCAAGUUUCACGAAGCUUCUGGAACUGCAGAGGAUCAGAGCAGAGGUGGUUUAGUGAAAAGGAACACAGUGUUGCCUCAAAUACCUUUAGCAGAGAAAGAAAUUGCAAGUGAUGAACCAGGAAGCAGUAGUCAGCUUUUAAGAGGAAAGGCUGCAGAGUUAUUAAAAAGACCACGUCCGCCAGUCUUAUCUCUGCGUGGCUCAUCAGAAUCUGCGUUUUUGUUACGAGAGGCAGGAAAAGGAAAUGGUCAAGGUGAAGAUAGGAAUUUGUUGUACUACUCGAAGUUAGGACUAGUAAUCCCAUCUAGUGGAUCUGGUCCUGAAAACCAAAGCAUUGACAGAAGUGGUCCACUUGUAAAAAGUCUCCUUCGAAGGUCACUGUCUAUGGACAGCCAGGUUCCUAUUUAUUCACCUUCUGUUGACCUAAAACCUUCACAGGUAUCAUCUUCCUCCUCACCAGGAACUACUGAUUCCCAGAAGAUAUUUAAUGUUGCAUCUCAAAAGUCAUGCUUGAAAGAGUCAUCGGAGAAGUUAAUCUUAGACGAAAAGCCACAGGUAAUGCACCCACAUCGCCUUAGGUCCUUCAGUGCCUCUCAGACAACUGAUAGGGAAGUUUCUUCCCCUCUCACAGAGGUGCGAAUAAAAACCGAACCUAGCAGUCCACUUUCAGAUCCAUCUGAAAUAAUAAGAGUUACAGUGGGCGACGCAUCAGUAUCUACAAAUAAAGACUUUCCUUUUAAAACUGAGGAUGAUCAUAAGGAACCAAGUGAACUUCCAGCAAAAAGGAGAUUUCAAGCCGAUAGAAGGCUACCAUUCAAAAAACUCAAGGUGAAUGAAGAGGGUUCUCCUGAAUCGGAAGAAAACUUCGAGGAAGGCUCAAGCCCUACGCACCUUGAUGCUGAUUUUGCCGAUUCUGAUGUCAGUAAAGAUGAAUACAGUGAAAUGGAAGAAGCAAGACCAAAUAAAAAAUUUAAAUGCAAACACUGCCUUAAAAUUUUCAGGUCAACAGCAGGUCUUCAUCGUCACGUUAACAUGUAUCAUAAUCCAGAAAAGCCCUAUGCUUGUGACAUAUGCCACAAGAGAUUUCACACAAAUUUCAAAGUGUGGACACACUGCCAGACACAACAUGGAAUUGUCAAGAAUCCCUCACCAGCUUCCAGUUCUCAUGCUGUUUUGGAUGAAAAAUUCCAAAGAAAACUGAUUGAUAUAGUGAGAGAGAGAGAAAUUAAAAAAGCUCUAAUAGUUAAACUAAGACGUGGCAAGCAAGGUUUUCAGGGACAAUCUACUUCACAAGCACAACAAGUCAUCAAAAGGAAUUUAAGAUCAAGAACCAAAGGAGCCUAUAUUUGUUUCUACUGUGGAAAAGCUUAUCGUUUCCUCUCGCAGUUCAAACAACAUAUAAAAAUGCAUCCAGGGGAAAAACCAAUUGGAGGAAAUAAGGUUCCUAAGCAGAAAGACCAUAUUCAUAUUGAAAGUCCUGUAGAAAACAAGGAAGUUUAUCAGUGCCGUCUCUGUAAUGCUAAGCUCUCUUCACUUAUUGAACAGGGAAAUCAUGAGCGACUCUGUAGAAACGCUACUGUCUGUCCUUACUGCAGCCUUAGAUUUUCAUCCCCAGAGCUGAAGCAUGAGCAUGAAAGCAAGUGUGAAUACAAGAAGCUUACUUGUCUUGAGUGUAUGCGCACCUUCAAAUCAUCCUUUAGUAUUUGGCGUCAUCAAGUUGAAGUUCACAAUCAGAACACGAUGGCUCCAUCAGAGAACUUUUCUUUACCUAUCCUGGAUCACAAUGGAGACAUAACUAGUUCAUCAAGAUUGCCUCCUCAAUCAGAAUCCAAUAAAAUAAACAAUUUUGCUGUAAAGGAAGACGGAGUAUUCAGUGACUCAUCAGAACAGAUUAAUUUUGAUUCUGAAGAUUCCUCUUGUCUGCCUGAAGACUUAAGUGUUUCCAAGCAGUUUAAAAUUCAAAUCAAGGAAGAGCCUGCAGACGACGUAGAGGAUGAGGUCACUGAGACAAGCAGAGAACCAAAGGAAGUAGUUUCCAACAAAGAUGCCGGUUUGUGGCCCUGUGAAAAGUGUGGGAAGAUUUUCACUGUACGCAAACAACUGGAGCGUCACCAAGAGCUCUUAUGCUCUGUGAAGCCGUUUAUUUGUCACGUGUGCAACAAGGCCUUCCGAACCAAUUUCCGGCUGUGGAGUCACUUCCAGUCCCACAUGUCGCAGGCUGCAGAGGAGUCCACAAAUAAGGAGCCUGAGGUAUGUCCACCAGCUAAUUCCCCAUCACCACCACCUUUACCUCCGCCCCCGCCACUACCCAAAAUCCAGCCUUUGGAGCCUGAUAGUCCAACGGGCUUGUCUGAAAGCUCCACUACUACUGAAAAAUUAUUUGUACCGCAGGAGUCAGAUACGCUCUUCUAUCAUGCUCCACCACUCUCAGCAAUCACGUUCAAAAGGCAGUACAUGUGUAAACUCUGUCACAGGACUUUCAAGACAGCUUUUAGUCUUUGGAGCCAUGAGCAGACACACAAUUAGCUUUCAGAGAUACCUUGAAAAGCUGAUUUGAUGGAGGCUGUUUUCAGGAUCUCGGAUGUAUGCCGUGUAAACUUGAAAUUUAAGAGGAUCAAAACAACAGCGAUGACAGAAGAUUCUGAAUUUGUGAUGCUGCUUGAAUUUGGAGAUUAAGGUAAACUAACUUUGUUAGUAGGUAGAAAGCUGGGUAAUUAAAGAUAAUAUGGACUGGGAUCUAAUAGUAACAGAAUAAUUUUGAUUUCAUUUAACACUGAAAUGCGAUCGCAUCUGGAUUCUAUGCAUGGAUCUUCAUCCUGUGAUGUUGGUGUGUGCGUGUGUAUUAUAUAUAGAGUUAUAUAUUAAAUGGAAGAGCAACAAAAAUUUGGAUUCUAACUGUGAGUUUAUAGUGGUGAAAUACUGUAACCAACUUCAUUGUUUGUUGUGUUUUGUUUUUUGUUUUUCUUAAAGAAAGCAACACAGAAGCUCCAUAUAAAUAGCUGCCAUGCACUUGCAGUUAGAGAGGAAGUGGAUGGAGUGUCUUAAUGUAUUGACUUAGGUCUUAGAGAUCUUUAGCAAUAACGAAUAAACCUCACGUUUCAGUAAUCCCGAUAUUAUUGGAUACGAAUGUUUGAUAUUUUAAGGGAACAUAAAAUUGUUUUGUUGUUAUAUGGAACUUGUGCAAAUUAAAGUAGAAUUUAAAAUCAGCAAUAUUAUUAAUAAGAUUUUAUAUUAAAAAAAA